GGACUGCAUGCGGGAUGGAGACGCCACUUGACUCGAGGUAUCGUUCCAAACGGAAGUUCUUGCCUCCUUCCAUUAAUCCCUUUUCACUGGUACCAAAAUCUGGGAAGGAGGAGGGAUGCGCCAUAGUAGAGUCCUCGCCACUACAUCCACCUCAACUGAGCAGUCGUGGCCAUCCGACGGAGGAGCCCGGCCACCCAGUUACCGCUGCCAGGGGUGGGGGAGACCCGUACUGUCCACCAAAAAGUGGCAGGGCAUUCCGUCCGCCAGGGGCUGGAGGUCUGCCUCCGAUCCAUCCGGGGAGGCGUAGCUGUCAUCCAUUAGAGGGUGGAGGAGUGGCCGAGGACCAAGCUACGGCGUAUCGGAGAACCGACGAAUCUGGUCCUUUGGUGCUCUGUCACAGUUCACACCUUCAUUGAAGCCACUCCCACAACAAUUCACCAAUAAAUACUGUGAAUAUUCCCAUCAUCCUACAAGAGAAGUUCUUCAGACCAGCAGGAAGAACUGAAAUCUGUGUGAUAUAAUAUGGAAAAGAUGGAGUUUGUUAAAGAAGAGAGAGAAGACAUGAGUUAUCCAGAAUCAUCCCGAAUAAAACACGAAGAUACUGAGGAACAAAUAGAUCUGAUUGAAGUGAAAGAGGAGAGUCAAGAACUGAAUGAACUGGAGGAGAAACAUCAUGACUUCAAUACGGAAGAAAACGAUUUUAGCUGCUCACAGACGGAAAUUAAUUCCUCACAAGAGAGAACUCAAAAUACAGAAGCUGAAAACUCUUUCACCUGCCCUCGUUGUGGAAAGACUUUCAAACGAAAAUACAACCUUAAGAAGCAUUUAAGCAUUCACACUGGAGAGAAACCCUUCACUUGCCCUCAGUGUGGAAAGAGUUUUGCGCGUAAAGACAAUCUAAAGAAGCACUUAAGAAUUCACUCCGGAGAGAAACCCUUCACAUGUCAGCAGUGUGGAAAGAGUUUCAUUGAUAAAACGUAUCUCAAAUAUCAUAUUCGCCUUCACUCAAGUGAAAAGCCAUUUAACUGCGAUCAGUGCGGUAAAUAUUUUACGACAAUGUCACUUCUAAAAACACACCUGAAAAUUCAUACAAAUGAGAGGCCUCAUGUGUGUUCUGUUUGUGGAAAUAGUUUUUUACGACUGGAACAUUUGAAAGAUCAUCAGAAAAUUCACGCUGGUGUUAGAGAUCAUAUAUGCUCUGAGUGUGAGAGGAGCUUCACUACAGCCAGCCAAUUGAAAGUGCACCUCCGAAUUCACACUGGAGAGAAACCUUACAAGUGCCACGAGUGUGGAAAGAAGUUUGCAUAUAUAAGUAAUAUUAACAAUCACUUGAGAAUUCACACUGGAGAGAAACCUUUCACAUGUCAGCAGUGUGGAAAGAAAUUUAGAUUUCAAUCGCAAAUGAAUGGACACAUGAUAAUUCACACUGGAGAGAAUCCUUACACGUGCCCUCAGUGUGGAAAGAGUUUCUCUGAUAAAACAUCUCUCAAAUCCCAUAUUCACCUUCACUCUGGUGAAAGACCAUUUAACUGCGAUCAGUGCGGUAAACAUUUUACAACAAUGUCACUUCUAAAAAGACACCUGAAAAUUCAUACAAAUGAGAAGACUUAAGGAGGAUUUAUAGUUCUGCGUCAAACAUUUAUCGUCGUCCUGCAAGUACAAAGCAAAGUGCUAUUACACUCACUGAGCACUUAAUAAGGACCACUGUGGUCUUAAUAAAUUGCCCAACAUGGUCUUCUGCUGUUGUAGCUCGUUGGCCUCAAGGUUCGACAUUUGUGCAUUCUGAGAUGCUAUUCUGCUCACUACAAUUGUACAGAGCGGUUAUCUGAGUUACCGUAGCCUUUCUGUCAGCUCGAACCAGUCUCUCCAUUCUCCGUUGACCUCUUUAAUCAACAAGGUGUUUCCGUCCACAGAACUGCCCCUCACUGGAUAUUUUUGUUUUUGGCACCAUUCUGAGUAAUAAUAGUUUAUAGACAGGUUGUCUAUAAAAACCGAUGCAAUGAAUAUCACGUCAGAUGCUGUUCAUUGGAACAGUAUCUCUGAUGCUUGAAGUCUUGCUGAUGAUAAUGCCUUUUUAUUGAAAAACUUUUUAAAUUUUUACUUUGUAUUUACCUUGAAUGUUUUGAC